CAAGACUCUAUAACAGUGACCAUGAAAGGAUAUGAGUUAGAGUUGGUGCAUAUCCUAACUAUCCUUGUAACUCUUGAUUUCUCAUGCAAUAAUUUUAGUGGAGAGAUUCCAGUGUUCCUUGGAGGGCUGAACGCACUCAAGGGCCUCAACAUUUCUCAUAAUAUGCUCAGAGGUACCAUACCAUCAUCAUUGGGAAAUUUGACUAACCUUGAGUGGUUAGACCUCUCUGCUAACAAGCUAAGUGGGAAUAUUCCUUUGCAGUUGACCGAUUUAAUAUGGCUCGAAAUCUUAAACCUUUCAGAAAACAAACUCGUGGGACCAAUACCCAAUGGUAAGCAGUUCAAUACUUUUAGCAAUGAUUCAUUCAAAGGAAAUUUAGAUUUGUGUGGUUUUCCACUGUCCAAGCCAUGCAAUGAGGAAUAUGAAGGAUCAACUAUGGAGCAAGAAAAUGAAUCGGAGGAUGCAAAUGGAUUUACUUGGAAAGUUGUGCUAUUGGGGUAUGGAUGUGGCUUUGUGUUUGGGAUCUUCAUAGGUUAUAUUAAUUUUUUCUCAAAUGGAAGAGCAAGUUUGUUUGUGAAGUGGUUGUAGUAGAGCAAUGUGGUGUCAUAAUUGGCAAGGAGUGUCUCUUAUUUAUUUAGAUUUAAUUAUAUUUAGUCUUAUGUUGUAAUAAAGCUCAUGUUGGUGUUGUAGUAUUUUGUGUUUUUAUUAUUUUCCUCUUUUUUUUCUUGUCUUUUUGGGUGGUAUAAAUUUAUAAAAUAAUGCAUUGGAGUAAAUAAGAGUAAUUAGUUUCCUUAUUA